AUGGCAUCUCUGAUACAGAAACAACUCUUCAAAGCCCUCUUCUCAUUCUUCUUGUUAGUUUUACUCUUCUCCGAUACCGUUUAUUCGUACCGAAAAACAUUCGACCAGAAAAAACCCUGCAAACAUUUCUCCUUCUACUUCCAUGACAUCCUCUACGAUGGCGACAAUGUAGCAAACGCAACAUCAGCCGCGAUCGUGAGCCCUCCGGGACUAGGAAACUUCAAGUUUGGUAAGUUUGUGAUCUUUGACGACCCCAUAACAAUGGACAAGAACUAUCUCUCAGAGCCCGUGGCUCGCGCACAAGGGUUCUAUUUCUAUGACAUGAAGAUGGACUUCAAUGCGUGGUUCUGCUACACGUUGGUGUUUAACUCGACGGAACACAAAGGUACAUUGAACAUAAUGGGUGCGGAUUUGAUGAUGGAGCCGACAAGAGAUCUAUCGGUCGUCGGUGGGACCGGUGACUUCUUCAUGGCUCGUGGGAUCGCUACCUUCGUGACGGAUAUAUUUCAAGGGGCUAAGUAUUUCCGUGUUAAGAUGGAUAUUAAACUCUAUGAAUGUUACUAA